UUUACGUGACUUGAUAGCAUUUCAAAGUCUAAUCAAAGUUACAUAUCAGACGGGGAAAGCUCUGUUCUGUUCAGCUGUAUCCUGAAAAUUAAACGUUUCAGUCUCUAUUUCUAAAGCAGGAGUUACUAACUGCUUUCUCAGCAAAACUACAGAAAUUGAUAUAUUGUUAAACGGCAAAGAAUUAAUCUGAGCAACAAACAGCGGUUUUCUGAUAACGCUGCCUCGUUUUCAAGUAACAAUAUUUUUUUUCAUCCAUAAUUUUUUUUUGUCAGAGAUCGAAUCAGAAGUCACACAUCCGCGGCAAGCUGGACGGAAAAGAAUUUGAUGUGCCUAACCGAUAAAAUUAUUUUUUAUUACUAAAUUCAAUUAGGUCAAAAAUUGAGUUCAUUUGCAGAAAAGACUAUUCCCCCAAGGAAAAUAUCGCUUACCACCUGCUCCUGAAUUAUUCAUUUGAAUCUUAAACCGAUAUAAUUGGAAAGUUUUAUGAUAUCUGUGCAUAUGUUCUGUUUGCAGGCGUUUAAUAUUUAAUUUUCCAAAAUCCGCCGUGAGGAAAAAAAUAUAUACUUCAUUUAUUCCUGUUGUUUUCUUCCGAGAAUUUCAGGUUAUGAGGAUAAUUAGCUGACAAAAUGUUUUUUUUUCCAUGCAGAUGACUGAGCAUUUCAGCAGACUGCCGACUAUUUCAAUUAUCUUAUUAACCUUUCUUAUUUAUACAGUGCAGCCUCAAUUGAAUGGUACUUUACCAUGCACAAGAAUUUCGGGAAUUUGUUAUCGAUUUUUAAUGCAUAACAACCUCUUUCAUUCAUGCAAGGCUAACUACACGCAACGAUAAGGAAGAAAGAAGGAGACAUUUUAAAACGAAGUAGCUUUGAAGACAAAUUGAAUGUGUCUGUUGUUGUUUUUCCGUGGUGAUAGAUCAGCAGAUCAGUGAUGAAUAAUGUGGUAGAAAGGUCGAUUAAAGGUGGACAAACAGGCACGUUUCAUCGCCUAAGCUUGAGAACCAUGUAGUAACUGUUUCGGAAAUGGCUGCUUUAUCAGAAACUCAUCGCAACAACUCAAGGAUUAAUUCCUCGAAUUUGAAUUCAAUGGCUUUACCAACGACGCCGUCUUUCCGUUCCCCGUGCGAUGACCCAAGACUUUUCGCGAGUUCUGCAGUUUCUGUGGUCGUUGCUUCAUGCUACGCAAUACUUAUACCGGUAACCCUGUUAGGUAACGGCUCAGUGAUUGCAGCCUUCGCUGCGAACGCCAGGCUACGAACUGCCACAAAUAUCUUGAUCCUCGGCCUCGCGGCCAGCGAUUUGCUAGUAGGAGCUUUCGCAGUUCCAUUCUGGACGUUCAUAGUUUCGCACGCAGAUAUAACGGCGGGUCACUGUUACUCAACGUAUUUGAUUUACAUAAGCUUUGACAUUUUCGCAGGAUGUGCGUCAAUCCUGCAGCUCACUGCUAUCGCUUUGGAACGUUUCCUCUCGACGCAAUGGCCGCUGUUUCAUCGCAAGUUGCCGCAAUAUGUCUAUUGCAUCAUGUUGCUGGUUUCAUGGCUCUGCGCUUUAACGAUGGCAGCUCUACAACCGUUGCAGGCGAAAACGGAGACAUGGCGGAAGAGCUACACCGUAGCUUUAUUCGUAUCCUGUUGUUGCUCUCCGUUGGUAAUCAUUGUGACUUCCUACUGCUAUAUUUUCAAAAUCAGUCGGUUUCAGGGCAGAAGGCGCAAGACAAGUUCUUCCAAGCGCUGUGGGCUGACUCCCGGUGGAGCGAUCAAGGAACUUAACGUUGCUAUCACGGUGGCGGUAAUCACUGUCCUCUUUGUAACUGCUUGGUUUCCAUUCUUCGUCGUUACCGUUAUUGCUACGUUUUGCUUGAGGUGUUUACCGUCCCCGCCUGCUCUUCUGCAUCUGGUCAAGUUCCUCAAGUUCUUACAAUACAGCAGUAGUGCUAUAAAUCCCUAUAUAUAUGCUUACAGAAACACAGAAAUGCGGAAAACACUGGCGAAAAUUGCUAGAAAACUUUUCCCGUGCGAUCUGGGGAUCGGAACAAGAAAUGUCAUUGAUAGAGGAGACUCUAUUCAGCGCUAUCGACAGUCAAUAAUACAAGCCGAUCAAAAACCUGAAUGUUAUCAGACAAUUUCGAGGAAUAAUCUCUCUUCAGCGGGAGAGGUUUUCGUGCAAGACACGAAAAGCAAACCCGCUAAAAAAUCACAAAAGAAAAACAAAAAGAAAACAAAAGUGAUUUAUUUGUAGAUACGGUUGUUUUCAUUCCUACACAAUGAUGUUUUAACUUUGUUUUAUUGAAAUGAAAUUGACACCAAACAGUGAUUUAUUUUUUGAUAGAUAUAAUAUAUACAAUUAUAGAUCCCGAAGUUUCAGUCCUCAUUUUUGUAGUACUACGUAAAUCGGAAACGUUUUGGGACAGCUUUCCCUAAAUCGUUUAGCACUUCGGUGGAGCCACAAGUUUAAACAGUGUUGUCCAAAAACUAGCGAUAAAUAUUUUUUUUGAAAUGUCCUGAAAAAUGCUUCAUCAAACGAUGAAAUUCAGUCAAAUCUUAGACAGAGAGAAGAUUCUUGAUUUCGUUAUUCAAGCAUGUAUAAGAAUGUUUCUCCCCCUGGAGGUCCAGCUAAAAGUGAAAACCUAUAAUUAUUAGGAUCAAAAAUGAAUUAGCCGCGAGCAACCUUUUUUGUACCUAUUUUUUAACUCAGACACUCAAAAAUGCAAAUUAUUUGUUCAAAAGUAGUUGCUAUUCCAAAAAUAUAUCUUCUGGAGUCUUCCAACUUUACAUGAAAAGUUCUUGUCUCCUUAAUAUACUGCAUCAUUAUUUAAAUGUAAGUCUCUCCUUAAGAUUAGAUUACUACCAGAUAUUUUAAGAACCUGGCUUUAGAGAUAAAUUGUUUAUAUUUUGCAAAUAGUCACGGUGAUUGUGAUAAACAAUGAACGAAACUGUUAAUGUGCAAAUGACGUCUUGUUCAUGUUUUUCAAGCGUAAUUAGCAUAACAGAAAAAAUGUUUAAUCGCC